CGUGGUGCCGAUGGAAUCUCUGCACGCUAGCGUCGUCUGCAGCCAAUGCAGACUGCGCGAAAUGCGAUCGAUCCCGAUUUGCCGCGAGGUCGCGACUUUGUUUGUCAUUAGCAUCGAUUUGUUUUUUUUUUCACAUCCCUGUCAAAACAUGAAAAUAGACUCACAUGUGCAGCAGUUGUAAUUUAAAAAUAAUAAAUGCUUACGGCAGGAUCAAUGUUUUCUUUACAUAAUUAAACCUGCUGACAAUUUUAAAAUGCACCUAAUUUAUAAGUUUAUCGAAUGCAAACGACAUGGAUGCCAGUGACAAAACAAAUAUAAAUUAGGCUUUUCAUUGAUUAAUCAGCUCGUAAGCCCGAUAACUCGAAUCGAUCGCAUUCGUGGUUUCGGUAGUUUCAUGAAAAAAAAAUCUUGGAGCGAGUUUUGUCGCGUUGCGUGGGCGGACCGGUGUAUGUAGUGCAGAAAUACCAGAGCUGGCCGGUCUGGCAUGUCAGACAACGUCGUGGCCAGGUUAGAACGGCUGAUCGAGCAGUGAUUUCUACUGGCAGUCGAAGAUCAUGGCUAGAGCCAAGAAGAAAUUAGCAAAACGGCAGCUAGUAUUUUGUAAUUUCGCUAGAUAGCUCAUGAGAGCUGCUGGUAUUGAGUCGUCGUCGCCUGAAACACCGCCUCGUCGACGAUGUACAACUCGUUGAAUCCUCCGCGAUCUAACGCGCCUAUCGACACCGUCCUCAGAAACAUCAAACUCAAGUACGUGUUCGCUUGUAUACUUGCUAUUCUCGUCGUUACGUGCUUCAUCGGCCUCACGCCAAUUUGUGCUGAAGACUGCAACUGUGAUAAGUAUGAAGAUACUGCAAAAUUAAACCAUUUGCCCAGUAAGCAAAUUCAAAAGCAUCACAAACAUCGUUUAGCUGUAUUAGUGCCAUUUCGAGACCGCUUUGACGAGUUGCUUAUGUUUGCACCUCACAUGAAAGAGUUUCUUGAUAAGCAAAAUUUAGAUUAUCAUAUAUUCAUAUUGAAUCAGAUAGAUAAAUUUAGAUUUAAUCGAGCAUCACUUAUUAAUGUUGGUUUUUUGGAAACAAGAAAGGAAUUUGAUUAUAUUGCAAUGCAUGAUGUUGAUCUUCUACCUAUGAAUGAUAAACUACAUUACUAUUAUCCAAGAGAAGGUCCUCUACAUAUUUCAUCACCAACGCUACAUCCUCGUUAUCAUUAUGAAACAUUUAUUGGAGGGAUUUUACUACUUAAUAGGGAACACUUUGAACAAGUUAAUGGAAUGUCAAAUAAAUAUUGGGGGUGGGGACUGGAAGAUGAUGAAUUUUAUGUGAGAUUAAAAGAGGCUGGAUUAAAUGUGACAAGGCCUCCAAAUCUUUCUACAGGAAAGGAGAAAACUUUUAAACAUGUUCACAAUAGAAACCAUAGGAAAAGAGAUAUGGUCAAAUGUUUUAAUCAGAGAGAAGUAACACGCAGGAGAGAUAGACAGACUGGAUUGAACAAUGUAUCUUACAAAUUAGAAAAAUCAAUCAAUGUUACGAUAGGCAAUACUGAAUUGACAAUUCUCAAUGUUUUAUUGAAUUGCGAUGAAGCCAUUUCACCGUGGUGUUUAUGUUCUACCAAAUAAAUUGUGACUCGAGAAAAAAGACUUAGACUUUUAAAAUUUUAAUUAGGAAAACUAACUUUGAGUUGAAAUUGAAUAUCUUAUUCUACAAAUGAAAUAGGCAGUUAAUUGUCUUUGUUUAACACGUUGUUACGAUAUUGUACAGUUUUAUGUAAUAGCAAUAAGCCAAUAAAUGUUGCGGCCAAUGAUAUAUAAAAUAAAGCCGAAUUUACAUGAGGUA